ACAGCCUUCGUAAGUUAAGACGUUAUUUUUCAUUGAGGCUGGCAUGUUUCGUUAAAAUUGGCGACGACCAAAACAAUACGAGCACGUGGAACUCGUUGACGUCACUGUAGAGUAACUGGUUGAAUGGGUUGAAUGCAUACUGUCGCACUGUUACCUGUGAUACUGUCAAAACAAGUUGAAAAUUAAACGUGUUUUAUUUCAAUAAUAAUGAUAAAGAAGAAAAUAUUUGUCACCGUCGGCACCACCAAAUUUGAUGAAUUAAUCGAGAAGCUACUUAGUCGAGAGGUUCUAGAGGCCUUGUCGAUGAAAGGAUACAAUGAACUCGUUUUGCAAAUCGGUAAAACGUCGCUUAUACCAGAUUGCAGUCCACGUUACGGUUUUAUCAGUAUAGAAUAUUUCAAUUUAAGUCCAGAUAUCAUUAAAUACAUGCAGAGUGCUGACCUUAUCAUAAGUCACGCAGGAGCAGGAAGUAUACUAGAUGCUUUGGACAAUAGGAAGAAUUUGAUUGUAGUUGCGAAUGAAAAUUUGAUGGAUAAUCAUCAAAUGGAAUUAGGCGAGCAACUGUUUAAAGAAAGAUAUUUGUAUUAUUGUACGUGCGACACUCUGCUAAGAAUCAUUGAAAAUAUAAAUUUCUCUGAGCUAAGGACGUUCGUCGAUCUGAAAAGUAGAGCUAUUGCCCAGUAUAUAGACGAAAUAAUGGGGUUUUAAAGCAUAUAUCUCUUAUUUUUUAAUUUGGGAAAUAAAUUAACAUCAUUUGAUACAUUUUAAUUAUUUAAUACGUCUAACGUUAACUAUUAAAAAUAUAAAUUCCUCCAAGCUAAGGAAAUUUGUCAAUCGGAGAA